AUGGAUGAGGCGACGGCGCGCGCGGCGACGCAGCGGCUACGGCGCAGUUGCGUGCAGAUGAAAGAGCUGGAUGCCGCCUGGGAAUUACUCGAGGUCCUUUGUGCCAGCCGCCUGCGCUCCAAUGCCUUUCACCUGGGCGCGAUGUGCGGAGCCUUUGCGCAGUCCAAUGCUUGGCGCUUGGCCUUUGGGGCCGUCCAACGGAUGGAGACAAGGACGGUGCCGGUGGACCUGAUCGCCUCCAACGCGGCGCUGCAUAGCCUGGAGCCCAGGAGUGGUGCGAGCCUGUGGCGUCGAAGCCUGGAAGCAGCCCGCCAAGCGGAGCUGCAGGAGCUCACGGAUGAGAUUUCGAGCAACUGUUGCAUCAACCACUGUGCCAAAGGUGCGCAGUGGCAGAGGUCAAUGCAGUUGCUCUUGUCGUGUCUUUGGAGGCGCAUGUGCGUCGACACCUUUGGAUGCAGCAGCGCCAUUGAUGGGCUCAGUGCCGAUGGGUGGCAGAGGGCAUGGUCUUUGCUUCGCCAGAUGCCUCGCUGGAAUUUGAUGCCGGAUGAAUUCAGCCUGGCCAGCGCCGCCCAGUGCCUCAGCGGGCAAUGGCGGAGGGCUCUAGCGGCGGGCCUGGCCUCGAGCUUGCAUCGCUUGCGCCGCAGCGAGGUGAUGUAUGGCUCGAUGAUCCAGAGCUGCGAGCUGGCCUCCCUGUGGCGCAGGGCCUUCGCUCUCGGCAGUGGCUGCUCCGUGAUUGGAAUGAGCACUGCGCUGACUGCAGGCGCACAAGCGGCCCAGUGGCUGGCGUCGUUGCACGGUUUCUCCCAGAUGAGCAGCGGGUCUAUUCAGCUUGAUGAGAUUUCCUGUGGAGCGACCAUCAGCGCCUGUGAGAAGGGCCAAACAUGGGCCAUGGCCCUGGAGUUACUGAGUGAUGCCUUCACGAAGCAAUUCGCUCAGCACAUUGUCACUUGGAAUUCAGCUGUCAGCAGCUGUGAGCGCUUCAGCCUUUGGUUCAGCUGCUUAGCGCUCUUGUCCUCAGCCAAGGAUGCAGGACGCCAGGCGGAUGCCAUCAGUCGUGCUUCAGUGGCCAGCGCUUGUGGCAAGGGAGGCCGCUGGCGCUGGGCGCUGCAAGAGGCAGAUCUCAGCAGCGAGGCGGGUGCGAGGGCGGUGGAGCAGAUGCAGAAUUUCGUUUCUUGGGAGCUCUUUGGAGACAAGCUCGCGACAUGGACCUUCCGUGGGAAUGUCCAGCCGCUUGCUCUUCGCGCUGUUGACAUCUACGGGCCUUUGGCCCUUCUCUUGGGCUGCUGUGUGGUCGAAGUCUUCCUACGAGGAGAGUUGACCAUGGACGACUCCUCUAGCUUGCCGGAGCUGGUGCAAGAGAAGUUGAGGGAUGGUCUUGCCUUGCUCUUUGCUCCGUUGAGAGAGUUCGUACAGAACUUCAUGCAGGGGAAGGCGGGCUUUUGGGAGUUGAGCCCGAAGGAUCGUGCGAAGAUGGAGGCCUUGGGGCAAGCCAUUCUUCCUCCAACCCGUGGUGGGGAGCGACGGAGCAGCUUCGCAGCCUGA